AUGUCCUCCAAAGUGCCAUGUACAAUUACCUACAAGAAGCCUGGGACUUCACCUCCUGUCUUUCUUGCAGGCUCCUUUACUGACCCACAAUGGCAACUUCAAGAGAUGGAAUAUACUAUUGACCAAAACGGAGACCAUGCUUUUCAGUCCGAGGUUAUGCUGGAACCUGAUCGGGAUUACCAGUUCAAGCUCCGCAUAGGUCAUGACAACUGGGCUCUAGCCGAGAACUAUCCUACCGCAACCGAUGAUUCCGGAAAUCAGAACAAUGUUAUACGUGCACCUGAAAAGCCAGCUGAAGAGCAGAUCGCACCCGCCGGCGUCGAUACGCCAGCGAUCAGUCUGAACCCUGCCAGUCAGCUCCCUUCAAUAUCUACAGAAGCAGAAUCCGUCGGCGAGAACACGGAAGAUUUCAAGGUUCCAUUACUUGCACACGAGUCACCUGGUAAAGACGUCGAAGAAGAAACCGAGGACAGCGAGAUACCGUUGUUGGCGCAUGAAACUCUGGGCAAUGAGUCCAAGGAGGAGGCAGAAGUAGAGGCAUUCAAGGCACCUCUUUUGGCGCACGAAACGCUCGGAAACGAUGCGAAGGAGGACUCUGAGGAAAUGAAAAUGCCGCUGUUUGCACACGAGUGUCUCGGUGCUUAUGAUUUUGGAGAAGAGCCAGGCUCGACUCCGAUCGCAGUCAAUAGCCCAGGCCAAAGCUCAAGGGUCAAAUCGAAGCACGACGAAUCUUCCGACAUUGACGUCAACGACCCUACACUAGAAACCUUCCCUUCCGAUCGCGGCUCAAUUCUUGAUGCCAUUCGGACAAUUCAGACUCACCUUGGAGAAGACCACACCCAUCUCGAGGACAUUCCUCUGUCACCUCGUGUAAUCUCAUCUAGAAGGACCAGUCUGGAUUCUAACGAUGACUUGUGUCUGUCGCCCGCGUCUUUAAGUCCUACUGUCACUAGGAGACGAGACAGCAGACCUUCUCAUAGUUUCGGGCGAACUCGUUCCUUAGUAUCUCUAGGCUCGAUCGAAGAGGAGCCCAAGCCUGCUUCAAGCAAGCAAUCCGCAGGCCCCGCCAUUGUAUCUCUACCGAAUCCCAACUCCAAGAGCAAGCCGGUCGGGCAAAAGUCACCCCCUAGUGAGGAAGAUGAAGCUGUCGUAAUGAAGACCCCAGAGGUAAAACCCAGUACGAGAGCCGAUGGCGAGUCAGCAUCUCAAGUUAAAAGUUAUGAGGCCCAGAAUACCCAACACGAUAAGGCGUCCAGCGCCACCACGGCUGCAGAUACCCCGGCGGCUGCAAUCUCCCAAGCGAUCGACAGCCCAUCUACCGAUACGCCAUCGAUCGGUAAAUCUGUGCGAAAUGAAUCGUCCAGAACCCCCGAGUCCGAAGCAGCUCAAUCCUCAAAAGAGCCACAGCCAACAGCAGAUCCAAUUAUCGGCAAAGAUAUCAUGAAAACGGCGGCUUCAGGGGAUCCUUCUAAAGCACCGCCGCGUGGCAGUGUUGUGCCUUUAAUCAUUACGGCGGGAGCCCUCGCUGUCGCCAUUGGGAUAGGGUGGUGGCAGGCGGCCGACCACUAG